AUUAGUUGUGGCUCCACGAGCCAUACAGGCUUGUAAAAUGCUGAAGGUUGUUUCUGGGGGAUAAUCCACUCGGCCGGCAAAGUUUUGUCCUUAGGUCUUGUCGUCACACUCUUUUGGAAAUGGAAUCCAAUCCACCAUAGUACUAUUAAGUCAACCAUUUCCAUAGCCUACUAAAAGAUAAACACCGCUCUUCAUUUCUCCACUCUCAAACAACUUGUAGCAUCUAUGGCUUCCAUGGCUUCUCUUUCAGCUUCUUACCCUAAAUAUACGUCCAAUUUUCCCACUAGAUACACGCACCUGUUGUAUGAUUUAUGUCUUGUUCCACGAAAUCCUCCUCUUAUGAAAAAAGGGUCUUUCUCGGAUUUGACAAUCGUUAGAAGUUCUAAUCAAACUGAAUCAAUGAUCGAUUCUACUGAUAAACUAUCAGACAUUCCUUUACUGUCUUGUUUAGAGGCUAUUGAAAAGCUAAAACGUAACAGAGAAAACAACAAAGGGAACCAGCAAUACCUGGCUAUGUACUCUAGCAUAUUUGGUGGAAUAGUAACCGAAGAAGCUGCCAUGGUGAUCCCUAUGGAUGAUCACAUGGUUCAUAGGGGACAUGGUGUCUUUGAUACUGCUAUAAUAGCGAACAGACACCUCUAUGAAUUAGACCAACAUGUUGAUCGUAUCGUCAAGUCGGCAACUAUGGCAAAAAUUAUUCUUCCAUUUGAUCGUGAAACUAUCCAAAGAAUUCUUAUACAAACUGUAAGUGUAUCUAAGUGCAUAAAUGGAUCACUGAGAUACUGGAUUUCAGCUGGACCUGGUGACUUUCAACUAUCACCUUCUGGCUGUCACCAACCAGCUCUUUAUGCUAUUGUGAUUGAAGAUAAAUCUUUGUUCGAUUCGAAAGGCAUCAAAGUAGUUACUUCAUCAAUCCCCAUGAAGCCUCCCCAGUUUGCCACCAUGAAGAGUGUGAAUUACCUUCCGAAUGCGCUUUCAAAGAUGGAAGCUGAAGAAAAAGGUGCAUAUGCAGCAAUUUGGCUGGAUGAUGAUGGAUUUGUUGCUGAAGGGCCUAGUAUGAAUGUGGCAUUCAUUACAAAGGAAAAGGAGAUGCUGAUGCCCAAAUUCGACAAAAUUUUGAAUGGUUGCACGGCUAAGAGAGUUUUUACUCUUGCGGAGGGACUGGUGAGAGAGGGGAAGCUUCGCGGAAUAAGAGUGGAUAACGUGAGCGUCGAUGAAGGGAAAAGCGCAGACGAAAUGAUGCUUAUUGGCAGUGGGGUCCUUGUUCGCCCUGUAAUACAGUGGGAUGAACAAGUCAUUGGUGACGGCAAGGAAGGUCCAAUAACUCAAACUCUCUUGAAUUUUAUCCUGGAGGACAUGAAAUCCGGUCCUUCAUCAGUCCGAGUACCUGUUCCUUAUUGAAGCAAAAGCUUUGAUUCAUUCUCUUGCUCUCAGAAGGUUUGUCAAAGAAUCUGCUUCUCGCUUGUUGGCUCUGCAUAUAGACAUAACUCUGUAAUAUCUUAUAAUGCAAAGCACUAUGGUAUGUAAAUUAGCUUGGUGUAUUUAGUUUUGAAACUUUAAAACCGAAUGGAUCAGCUUAGUUUUGUUUAUUUA